AUGGGUGCAUCGAUUUUAUAUUCUGAUUUCUUCCCUAAAUCAAGCGACAAGGCCAAAGAAAGAAGUAAUACUCCUGUGGAUGCUUACAGUUAUGAGGGUAGCUUUGAUAAUUUAAAGCAUAUUGUUGGAUGCUAUGGAACUGGGUAUAUAAAGACCGAAACAAGCUCACCAGAUUCUGCCAGUGUUGAUACAGAUACAUUGAUAGAUGUAGACCAACUCAAUAGUGUGGCAAUGCAAAAUGAAGAAUCUGAAUAUGAUUACAAGGUAGGAGGUUACCAUACAGCUUAUAUAGGCGAGAACUAUAAAAAUGACAGAUAUACGAUCGUCAAGAAACUAGGAUGGGGUCAUUUUUCGACAGUUUGGUUAGCAUUAGAUAACUUGACUAAGAAGUUUGUUGCUUUGAAGAUUUUGAAGAGUGAUACCCUAUAUACUGAGGCUGGAAUCGACGAAAUAAACAUAUUAAAUUCAAUCACUGAAAAUAAAUCAAGUGAUACAUAUAAUGGUUUGAGACAUAUAUUAAAAUUAUUUGAUAAUUUCAUUCAUUCAGGUCCCAACGGUUCUCAUAUUGUAAUGGUUUUUGAAGUACUGGGUGAUAAUUUACUGGCAUUACAAUCACACUUUAAGGAUAACAGACUACCUAUUCCGAUCGUUAAACAAAUUACAAAGCAGUUAUUACUUGCCCUAGACUAUUUACACAGAAAAUGUGGAAUUAUUCAUGCUGAUAUAAAACCUGAGAAUAUCCUUGUAGAGGUGCCGAAUUUAGAUGCUAUUAUAGACACAAUGAUAACUGAAAAAAAAGAUCAAGAACAAAGCUUUUCUAAGACUUCGAAAAGUAACGAUUACGAUACAUGGACAGCAACCAAUUUACAUAAUAGACAGCAAUCUGAAAGUUCAAUUAAACCAGAUAGAUCAAUAAGAUAUGAAAGAAUAAUCAGUGACCCAGAAUCAUACCUUUCUAAAUUUUACUCUCAAAUAUCGAAUUAUAAUAUAGAAGAAAAGGAUAGGAAUAGUUUACCAGGCAAUCAGAUAGAUAUUAAACUAGUUGAUUUUGGGAAUUCGUGUUGGUAUAAUAAUCAUUUUUCGAGCAUAAUACAAACUAGGGAUUAUAGAGCACCAGAAGUAAUGCUUGGCGGUCCAUGGGGUUGUAGUGCUGAUUUGUGGUCAACAGCUUGUUUAAUAUUUGAAUUAAUAACAGGAGACCCUUUAUUUUCGCCCAAUGCAGGCCACUCAUAUUCAAAGGAUGAAGACCAUCUGGCACAAAUUAUAGAAUUAUUAGGAACUUUACCUACAGAGACUUUAGACAAAAGCCAAUAUAAAAAAAAAUACUUUAACAGAAAAAAGCAACUGAGAAACAUCUCCAAUUUACAGCUUUAUACAUUGCCAGACACUUUAACCGAUAAAUAUGGAUUUUCAGAAUCAGAAGCAAAUGCUAUAUCCGAUUUUUUAUUACCAAUGUUAAGACUGGAUAAUUUCAAUAGAUCUGAUGCAGGUAGCAUGGUCAAUCACCCUUGGCUGAAGGACACAAUUGGAUUGGAAAAUAUAGAGGUCACUGACAGGAAUGCAUAUGGAACAGGCUCUGAUAUUUUAGGCUGGUCCGAAGAAUAUAGUAGAGACAAUUAA